GGCGGAGUUAGCAGUGAAGUUUAGCCUAGCAGGAAACACCGAGGCAGCGCCGUAGCAGGGAAAGAAAGCAAGCCACCUCGGUUUAGUUUUAACCGGUCCUCAGAUGUGAGAUUUUCUCUGCAAAUACGUUGUCGCUUGGAUCCUGGGAGUACUCGCUUUCGGUCUGCUCAUAUUUUCAUUGACUUGAUAAGACGAGAGAAUUCGUAGCGAACUAAAUAGCAGGCGCUGGCCGGAGGUGGAAUCUGCUUCAGCGGCUGUAGACGGUGGACAUCGGCGGAGCAACGGCCGUUUUGUAUCAGCAAGCGUCAGUGGGCCUGCAGGCUCCACGUUGGUGCUGAGACAGGAUGAAAAGGUUCAGGCGACAUGGCCAGGAGUCCCAGAGGGAUCGACUGAAACAAGAGCUCUUCCAGUUUAAUAAGACAGUGGAACAUGGAUUCCCCCACCAGCCCAGCGCCCUGGGCUACAGUCCCUCCCUGCAGCUGCUUGCCAUCGGCACCCGCUCCGGGGCCAUCAAACUGUACGGAGCUCCAGGUGUGGAGUUCAUGGGUCUACAUGACGAGAAUGCUGCCGUCACACAGGUGCACUUUAUGCCCCACCAGGUUGAACUGGUGACUUUGCUGGAUGACAACAGUCUGCACAUGUGGACUUUAAGAGGCCACAAGGGCCUUUCUGAACUUCUGGAGAUUGGACGCUUCACACUCACUGGACCUCCUGGUGCUCCUCCAAGUGUGACCAGAGUGACUGCAGUACUGGCUCACGCCUCAGGGGAGCUGCUGCUGUUGGGGACAGAAGGAGGACAUGUGUUCAUAGUUGAAGUCCCUGGAUUUAGAGAGCUGGAAGAGCGGAAUAUCAGCCUUGACCAGGUCGCUGCUAGCGUGCCAGACGACUACAUCGGCCGCCGGAAUCUGGAACACGUAGAGGCCUUACAAGAAAACCCAAUCAACCCAAAUCAGGUUGUUAUUGGCUAUGGACGGGGUCUCAUGGUCAUCUGGGAUUUAGAGAAGCAGUGUGCCAUCCAGCAUAUCCCUGCCACACAGCAACUGGAGAGUGUGUGGUGGACUGAGGACGGAAGCUACAUUCUCAGUUCACACAGCGAUGGAAGCUAUUGUCGAUGGAUGGUGGGUGGUGAGGAUGUGAAUGAAGAGGAGGAAAAAUCUGACAUUCCUUACGGACAUUUCCCCUGCAAGGCCAUUUCUAAAAUAAUUCAGCUCCCUACAGAAGAAGGGCCUCCAUUCCUGCUGUUCAGUGGUGGUAUGCCCAGAGCCAGCUACGGGGACAGACACUGUAUCACAGUGAUCCACAGUAAGACCCAUGUAGCUCUGGACUUCACCUCCAGGAUCAUCGACUUCUUUGUCAUCAGAGAUGGACUGCAGCAUACAGGAGAUCCCAGUGCGCUGGUGGUCCUGGUGGAGGAGGAGCUGGUAGUGAUCGACCUGCAGACAGACUGCUGGCCUGUCAUUCAGACGCCUUAUCUGGUCCCUCUCCACAGCUCCGCCAUCACCUGCUCCCACCACGUCUCUGCCAUACCCCUUAAAUUGUGGGAGAGGGUCAUCGCUGCUGGAGAGCUGCAGCAUACACACUACUCUAAAAAGCCAUGGCCAAUAACAGGUGGUCAGAACCUAGCUCCAGAUCCUCCACAGAGAGACCUGCUGCUCACAGGGCAUGAGGAUGGAACAGUGCAUUUCUGGGAUGCAUCCGGAGUCUGUCUGUAUCCCUUGUAUAAACUGAGCACAGCUGGAGUGUUCCACACAGACACUGAUCCUAAUGACAACAUGAACCAAGGGGCUGAAGGAGAGUGGCCGCCAUUCAGAAAGGUUGGCUGUUUUGACCCUUACAGUGACGACCCGAGGCUUGGAAUUCAGAAGAUCCAUCUCUGUAAAUAUAGCGGUUAUCUGACUGUAGCUGGCACGGCGGGACAGAUCCUGGUGCUGGAGCUGAAUGACGAGGCAGCAGAACAGACAGUGGAGGCUAAAGUUGUAGACUUGCUACAGGGCCAAGAGGGAUUCCGAUGGAAGGGUCACACUCGGCUUGAUGUGCGUGAGGAGCCAGUGCUGUUUCCUCCAGGCUUCCAGCCCUUUGCUCUGGUCCAGUGCCAGCCCCCUGCUGUGGUCACUGCCCUCACACUGCACUCAGAGUGGAAGCUGGUAGCAUUUGGCACCAGCCACGGCUUUGGGUUGUAUGAUUAUCAGCAGAAGAACAACGUCCUCAUCAAGUGCACACUAAACCCCAGUGACCAGCUGGCCAUGGAAGGUCCUCUGUCGAGAGUAAAGAGUAUAAAGAAAUCCCUCCGACAGUCCUUCAGAAGAAUCCGACGCAGCAGAGUCUCUCUACGAAAACAUCACGUCAACAACACUGCCAAGCUCCAGGAGGCUAAUGCUCGUUUAGAGGCUGAACUUGCAGAGAUGGAGCUGGCUCCCGUCCAAAGGAAAAUAGAAGCCCGUUCCUCAGAUGACUCCUUCACCGGUCUUGUACGGACGCUCUACUUUGCUGACACCUUCCUUUCAGACAGUUCACAUAAUGCACCCUCCCUAUGGGCAGGAACCAAUGGUGGCUGUGUUUUUGCAUACAUGCUCCGCCUUCCUCCUGUUGAGCACAGAGCGGAUGAACCUGUCACCGCACAGCCAGCCAAGGAGAUCCAGCUGAUGCACCGUGCCCCUGUUGUCGGUAUCGUGGUGUUGGAUGGUCAUGGGGCUCCUCUGCCUGAGCCACUGGAGGUGGCCCAUGACCUGUCUCGUUCUCCUGACAUGCAGGGCUCACACCAGCUCCUGGUCAUAUCUGAGGAACAGUUCAAGGUUUUCACCCUGCCAAAGGUGAGCGCUAAAAUGAAGUUGAAGCUGACAGCUGUGGAUGGCUCCCGAGUACGGAGGGUAGGCGUGGCCUGGUUCUGCAGCAGUCGGACGGAGGACUACGGUGAGAGCGGCCUCACGGUUCUGACAAAUCAAGGCGACGUCCAUGUGGUGUCACUGCCACAUGUCAAGAUGCAGGUCCAGUAUCCCUGCAUCCGCCGAGAGGACGUCAGCGGCAUCGCCUCCUGUGUUUUCACAAAGCAUGGCCAGGGCUUCUACCUGAUCUCUCCAUCAGAGUUUGAACGGUUCUCUCUGUCCACCUGCCACCUAGUCGAGCCUCGCUGUCUGGUGGAGGCUCCUCUUCACUCCGGCUCCUCCAACCAACAUCGGUCACAACCUGAUGGAGCUUCAUCUGCUCAUAGGACCAGACAAGAAAGUGAGGAUGCAGAAAGUGCAGCUAGACGUGUUAUGGAGCAUGCUUUGCUGAAUGACGAGAAAGUACUUCAGGAGAUUCAGAAGUCACUAGAAGGAGACCAGACAUCCUUCCUGGAGAAUAAUGUGAAGAGUGCUGUUGCUUGAGGGGCAUCCGGUGACAGCUGAGAGAACGGAGAUGUUGACAUGUAUGAAGCAUACUGUAGUCCUGCAGCAGUGUUUGCCAGCUGCUCAGCUCACAUAACCACUACUGACCCCUCGCCUCUGUGUGCGACUACCCCCACACCACACCACCCCACCCCACCCCAUAGAGAGACACUAAAGGGCUCUUGGUAGUAGCGCUCUCUGGAGCUCCACCAAGCUGUUGAAGACUUGUGGAGCACACAGAGUUUGAAGAAGGAGACGCCACCUGUGCCUAAGGACCACACUGUCGCCACAGCAUGGUCACGCUUCCCAUUUAACACACAGCCACGUGAAGCACAUUCCUGACAUUGGACUAACGGCAUACUUCAUUAAGCCAGCAUCCUAUGACUGCCAUAGAUGCCUCUCGUUGAAGCAGACUUAAACACCCUCUUCAUUCUGAAAGCCUUCAUUGCCACCAGCCUGGGAAGGAUUUGUACAAUCACUAUCCUCUGUGGGGCAUCUCACCAGUCUUCAUCUCCUCAUGUGGACAUUAAGCUGGAAGAAAUGCAGGGAACGCUUUAAAUAAUGUUGAUGAAAAUAUUUUGUUGUUUAAAGGUGAUAGACUGACUUUAUUAAUCCCCAGAGGGAAAUUCUGUGAUGUGGUUCGUGCCUGUCUUCUGAAACCUCACAUUUAAUGUACGGAGGCCCACUUCUGCCAUUAAAUGAAAAAAAAAAGAUGAAAAGUUAAGACUGACUUAAAAAAAAUCUAAACUACUCGCUCUCAGUCCAAAUUAUGAGAUACUAGAUUAAAGUUGAGUUGAAGUCAAAAUGUUAUACACUAACUUUAUACUAUGUCUUUUUGAGUUAAAUUAAUCCCAAGUGAUCGAUUCAGACAAAGGAAAUCAAAUUUUUAGUUUUUGUCUUUUUGCUUCAUUGUUUCUGAGCUUUAAAAUCAUGAAACAUUGAGUAAAAUUGUUUAGUAAUUUUGACUUAGUACCUUAAUUCAGUGUUAAAAAUUCAAAGUUAAUUUAAACAUUGUGUUAUGUCAUUUUUUUAGGACUCUCAUACCUUCCAUAAAGCAUGUUAAGUCAUUAUUUGUAUUUAAAUAUUUUGACCUAAUUUUUUGUUCUAAUUUUUUUAACUCUGCUCAUAGUUUUUACAUGCAUGCAGGUUUUCAAUAUUUAUUCAAUCCCAUACUUCCUGCUUGACUGUUUUGCUUACUGGUAUUGUAAUUUGAACUCGAGUCAUAACUUUGCCUUACAGUCAAACUUUACUGUUAAAAGCUGACAAAAUUUCAUCUUUCUUGUUUUUUUUUUCCUUUAAGUUUUGACUUUAUCGAGCUACUCAUUCAGAUGAACAAUCGAGGGAAAAUCAUUGGUGAUGCCCCAGACAGAAAAACAGGACAGGGAAGUUGUUUUGUGUAUGUUUGAAUCACACUGAUGUUAACUUUUGUUGUUGUUAUGUACUAAGUAAAAGCAUUACACACUGUAUUGUGCCCCUGUACACUGCUAGCACAGCCCAGUCACCACAAUCCACUCUAAGAUAAACCGGCCAUAGGUACUUCUGCACUACUGCAGAGCUCACAAUGCUGUAAGUUUUGGGGGGGGGGAUUAGCUUUCUUAUUUUCUUUGUUUUUGUUUUUUUAAAACAAUGUUUUUUUUUUGUAAACCUGUUUUUAUGCCAGCAAUGAAUAAUGUAAUUUAGGAAUGUAAUUGUAAACUAUUGUAGUGAAUUUUUUAAUAUAUAUAUAUAUAUAUAGAGAGAGAGAGAGAAAGAGUAUGUAUGUGACUCUGUACCUGUGGGCCUGUUUUAAUUGGGGUUGGCUGCUAUUUAGACCACACAAGGAAAUAUUUUGGUACUGUGUCUCAGUAUGCUGGGUAUUUUAGCAUCAGCGUAGAAUCUAUUUUUGUAGUGAACUGAUUGCCCUAAUUGUUUUUGUUUGCAAGUAGCUUCACACUACAGGAUAAUUAUUAUUACAUGUUUUUCCCAAAAAUGAA